GUCCUCGUGGUGCUGUGGUCAGUGGUCAGGUCACGCCGAGUGUGCGGCAGAUUGCGCCUGUGUUUGAGCUGGCCUGGGUCACCUGUGGCCACCUGGCGGACUGGCGGCGCCUCCCUGGCCUCACCUGAGGGCGUGCAGGUAAUGGUGGGCGGGGAACAAGUCAAUGUCGGGAGGCGAGUGACUGAGGUGGUGGUCACCGUCACUCUUGUUGUGGUUUGUUUGUUUGUUUGUUUGUUGAUUUCUUUUAUUCCCAAGGCGUGGCGGCGCCGCCUGGCUGUCUGCUGGUGCUGCCUGCCUGGUGAAGUGUUGCCUGGGGAAUAAUAGGCAGACAUCUUGUGCACUGCUGCGCUGGGUUAGGUUAGGCUGUGUGGCACUACAGUCGAUGUGGGGUCCCCGGCUGGCUGGGCCGCGUCCGGCAGGUCUAGAGAGAGAGAGAGAGAGAGAGAGAGAGAGAGAGAGAGAGAGAGAGAGAGAGAGAGAGAGACUAUGUACAUUUAGCUAUGAAAUAGUGAUCAUAUGCAGUGGCGGCUCGUGACUGUUACUGAUGGGGGGGCUGUCUCACAUUCAGACAAAUAAAAUCUUAAAUGCUUUUAUUGUUAUUGUUUAAUAUACCAUUGAUUGAUAGAUUAUAAAGAUAGAUAGAUAAUUAUUUAAUCCUCUAGGUCUUAUCCUAACAGUAAAUGCUUGACUUCCUUAGUGCUGGCUUAGGCUUUUUGAAAAGGAAGUCCAUUCUCCUGUUCCUGUUUUGUGCAAACAGAUCAAUAACUUUUUCAUUUAAACCUGGCAUAUUAUUCAUAGAAAUCUUCUCUAUUGAAAUCAUGGCAAGUGCAAGUUCUUUUAAUGCAGAAACUGUCUUUGCUUCUUGUGCCAUUUUGCAAAAUACUGCUAGGCCUACCUGGGAAAAGAAAAAAAUACUAUUUUAUACGAUGUUUCUGUGAUUUCACACCAUCUAUGAUAAUCAAGAUUGAGCACAAGCCAUCACUGAUCAAUAAUAUUUUAAAAUCAUCCCUGACAAAUUGAAAAACACGAUCGAAAAUAAGACCGACGCAAGAACACUCACCUAGCCACAACAACGGCCGAGACAAGACUGCACUGGACGCAGUCCACACUCGCCCGGGAAGCCUCCCCACAUUUCUCCCCCGCUUUCGUAUCAUUAAAUAGUAAAUAAUUUCCGUACUUCCUCAUUGUUUUGCAGUAUUUUUUUUUCAUAUAAACAUGAGAAUUGGUGUUUUCAAGUGAAUGAUAGUCAAACAUAAAAUAAAUUAACAUUAUUUUCGUGAAUCCUAGAAAUCCACUGGGGGGGCUGCAGUCUCGCAGUCCCUAUUGACGAGCCGCCACUGAUCAUAUGUCUUGUCAGAAGAGAGAGAGAGAGAGAGAGAGAGAGAGAGAGAGAGAGAGAGAGAGAGAGAGAGAGAGAGAGAGAGAGAGAGAGAGAGAGAGAGAGAGAGAGAGAGAGGGGUAUCCUCGCCUGACCUGGUAACAGUGCAAGGAAAAUACACAACUGGCAACUCAGACCUGCCGGACAAGGCCUAGGCCUUGUCCUGCCGGACAAGGCCUGGAGCCCCACGUGCACACUAGUGCCGGUUGUUUGAUGUUAGUUGUGUUAAGGUAGGUGUGGUUAUUUUGUGUGUUAUAUUUGUUAUAUUAUGUUAUGAUAAGUCAGGUUAACUUUAGGUUAGUUUAGGUUUUUUUGACAAAGUUUUGCCGUCACAACAGUGGCAGCAACGCAGGACGUCAGCUAAUCUUCUUUGUCUUUUUGUUUUAUUUUUGUUAUUUGUUUGUUUGUUUAUCAUUGUUUUAUUUGUUUGUUUGUUUUCCAGCAGGACAGCAGUGGCGAGAGAGCAAGACCCCACCAGCAAUUCCAUUCUGCCCCAGACCCCUCGGGUCAGUGGCCGGCAAGUCCUCCCGUCCUUUCUGCCCCAGAGCCCCUCAGGUGCCAGGUCGGCGUCCAGCGACGGGACUCCCUCCGUGCAUCCUCGGCUCAGGCCCAGGGUUCCUGCAGGACCGGCCGCAACCAGGAGCAGUGUUGCAAUGGAGGAUGUGACGUCAUGCAGCAGCAGCAGGAACAGCUGGGAGCAGCAGGCGACCCCAGGCGUGAGGACCUACACUUGUGACCACUGCGGCAAAGUGUGCUCCACCAAGGCUGCCAUUGCCAGACACGUCCUCUCCCAUGCCGGCAAGACAAGGCUGAGAGGCAGGAGUGGCCCCACUGAACACACUGCCACCCACACUGGCGGCAGGAACCACAAGUGUGACCACUGCGGGAAGACAUUUGCCCGGAAGAGUCAUCUCUCCUCACACAUCCUCACCCACACUGGGGAGAGAAAGUUCCAGUGCCUGGAGUGUGGGAAAAGAUUUACCAGGAAGGAUUCCCUUGACACACACAUCCUCACCCACACUGGGGAGAGAAAGUUCCAGUGCCUGGAGUGUGGGAAAAGAUUUCCCAGGAAGGAUUCCCUUGACACACACAUCCUCACCCACACUGGGGAGAGAAAGUUCCAGUGCCUGGAGUGUGGGAAAAGAUUUACCCAGAAAGAUGGUCUUCACAGACACAUCCUCACCCACACUGGGGAGAGAAAGUUCCAGUGCCUGGAGUGUGGGAAAAGAUUUAUCAAGAAAGGUAAUCUUGACAGACACAUCCUCACCCACACUGGGGAGAGAAAGUUCCAGUGCCUGGAGUGUGGGAAAAGAUUUACCCUGAAAGGUGAUCUUGACAGACACAUCCUCACCCACACUGGGGAGAGAAAGUUCCAGUGCCUGGAGUGUGGGAAAAGAUUUAUCAGGAAGGAUUCCCUUGACACACACAUCCUCACCCACACUGGGGAGAGAAAGUUCCAGUGCCUGGAGUGUGGGAAAAGAUUUAUCCUGAAAGGUGAUCUUAACAAACACAUCCUCACCCACACUGGGGAGAGAAAGUUCCAGUGCCUGGAGUGUGGGAAAAGAUUUACCCGGAAAGGCCAUCUUGACAGACACAUCCUCACCCACACUGGGGAGAGAAAGUUCCAGUGCCUAGAGUGUGGGAAAAGAUUUACCAGGAAGGGUUCCCUUGACAAACACAUCCUCACCAACACUGGGGAGAGAAAGUUCUAGUGUCUGGAGUGUGGGAAAAGAUUUACCCUGAAAUGUAAUCUUGACACUGUCACACACGUGACUACUCUACCACGGAACCAGGUGCCUGCCUCUCAACUCGUGGCGCUGCCACGUGUAUAGCUUGAGGCAUACUGGAUACGUGACCUCUAGCAGGCUACCAAGCCGAUAACGAGGGGUGGAGUUCCAUCGAGCUUCAGUCUCCUCCAAGGGUCGCUACAGCUCUGAGGUCGCCUUGGCAUACGCUGGGAGCCUCAUAUACACUCGAGUUACACCAGUGUUACACACCCACACACACAAACACAUAAACACACACACACACACACACAAACACAUUUAUAUUUAUUUUCUAUUAUGUAUAUGUAAAGGUGUUUAUUUUUGUAAUUUGUAUCUAUAUGCAUUCACUAACUUGGCUUAAGUUAUUAACUGAACCAGUCUUUUAAGUUAUUCAGUCCAGUUCAGAUUGCCACUCCUUGUUACUUACUUUUACUUACUUAAAUAAUCUUCAAUUUUGUAUUGUUACUUAAUUUAAGGGUUAACUUUAAGAUAUUAAAUAGCAGUUAAAAUGUCUCC